UUCUUCUAAAAGGAUGUUUUCAAACUGUAGUUUAUAAAUAUAUAUCUAUAUAUGUAGGUGUGUAAUGCAGGAUGAAUCCACUAUCCAUAUUUAUCUGAGACACGUGUUUUAUUUUCGUUAUCAGACCAUUUCUACUGUGCUACAUUUAUACCUUAGCAAUGAAAUACUAACCAUGCACUUACAUAUAUAUACCACCGAAGUAUCCAUUUAAACUUUAAUCGCGAAAACUCGUGGUCAUAGUUUAAAAAAUUAAUGACACGAUUAUCAAACUACUUCCAUCCGGUUUGUUUAGCAAAUAUGAUGAACCUACGAGAAAAAUUCCUUCAAUGACAUGUUCCCAAAUUAAUACUUCAGUAGACGCCAUAAUAUAAGUGUUGUCACUUUGCAACUACCUCCGGUCACGAAUACAAUAUAAAGAACGGGUAGCUUAAUUCAUUUUUUAUUUGUAUUUAGAUAUAGGUUAAGGUCAUUUGUGUGUAAACAAAUCGCGAGACCUUGAGUCAUUGGCCCCUGUUUUAUAUACACACACGACAGGUGAUAUAGCUUUACUGGAGUGGGUAGUCAGCGUGGUGGUGUGUAUGAAUUUUUGACCUAGUUAGAGAUUCCUCAGACCUUACACACACUGCAUACGGCAAAGGACGUAUCAUAAUAGCUGUGCAAGUUUACUUUUGAUCAUAUGAUUCUUUUUAGAAUGAGAUUAUUUUCUGUGAAGGGAUCAGAGUUUCUUUAGUAAAACAUGAUGUCGCUGGGGAAAUCGGUGAGGAGAUUGAGUGUCCUGGGCACGUAUUCCCGUCUCUAUAUGUCCACUGGUAGUCCGAGGAGGAGAGCCUGUCCCGCUGUAGGAUCAAUUACACUACAAUGGUGUACCAGGAAAUUCUCCAGCUCUUCUGCCCGAAACAUCAUUUUCACUAGUCCGAUACCCGAUAUCCAAAUCAAGGAAGAAUCUUUGUCGGAAUACCUUUUACCCAAAUUUGAACACUUUGGAAAUAGGACAGCCCUGGUAGAUGCCAAUAAUGGUAAAACGUACACUUACCUGGAGAUGAGGGACGCGGUGAUCAAGUUAGGCAGUGCUCUACACAGGUUGGGGUACAGAAAGGGGGACGUACUCUGUAUGUGUUCCACCAACAAUACCGAGUAUGCCCUUCUCAUACUGGCUUGUGUGACUUCAGGCAUUAUCCUUACCACCACGAAUCCGGCCUACACUUCCGGUGAACUUGCACGGCACCUCAACCAUUCCGGCACUUCCGGUGUGGUCGUCUUCAAAUCAUUGUUACCAACUGUUCAAGAAGCUAUUGAAAGUGACAUUAAACUUAAAACUACUCUCAAACACAUCAUAGUAGUAGGCGAGAUGGAUGGAUAUCGUUCGUUCUCAAACCUUCUCAACGAUGACGGUACUUGCUUUCCUGACAACAUUACAUUUAAUCCAAAAGAUGACGUGGCACUCUUACCCUACUCCAGUGGUACGACAGGAUUACCCAAAGGCGUUAUGCUUACACACAGGAAUAUUGUAUCAAAUCUUCAGCAAACGAGACCACAGCAUAUCAUCAAGGCUGAUGACACCAUUCUCUGUCUUCUGCCGAUGUUUCACGGUUAUGGCAUGAUUAUGAUCCUUCAGAACACCUUGCAAGAUGGAGGUAAACUGGUCAUAUUAUCUCAAUUUGAACCGGUAUGCUUCCUCAAGUCUAUCCAGCAACACAGGGUGACCGUCCUGUACAUGGUUCCCCCUAUGGCCCUGUUUCUAGCCAGACAUCCAAUCGUGGACACGUAUGACAUUUCAAGCAUCCGGUCCCAUCUGAGCGCAGCAGCUCCUUUAGGGGAAUCAUUAAGCAGGGAAUAUGAAGCCAGACUGAGAUAUCCCGUUGUUCAAGGCUACGGCAUGACAGAGCUGAGUCCGGUAGCUACGUUAGACACACUGCCCCCACACCACAUAGGAACGGUGGGACCAUUGAUACCUAACUCCAGCGCUAAGAUCGUGUGCUCAGAGACUGGGGCUGACCUUGGACCUGGUGAGACGGGGGAGCUGUGUAUUCGGGGACCACAUGUCAUGAAAGGAUAUUUAAACAAUGAGGCGGCUACAAACGACAUGAUCAAAGACGGCUGGCUUUACACAGGUGAUGUGGGGCACGUGCGAGAUGAUGGCUGCUUCGUGAUAACAGACAGACUGAAGGAGCUAAUCAAGUACAAAGGAUUUCAGGUUGCUCCAGCAGAGCUCGAGGAUUUGUUGCUGAGACACCCCGGUGUACAGGACGCAGCCGUUAUAGGGAUGCCAGACGAGAGGGCAGGGGAAAUCCCCCGGGCUUACAUAGUACCUAAUCCAAACAAAAAGGUCACGAGCGAGGAGAUAUCCAAAUUUGUUGAAGAAAACGCUGCUUCGCACAAGCAACUGAGAGGAGGAGUAGAAUUCCUAGAUGAAAUUCCAAAAUCGCCAUCAGGAAAAAUUCUGAGACGUAUUCUUCGGAAUAUGUGCUAAACUUUUUUUACAUUAACAAAAUAAAGCCAAAAAAUGUCAUAUAUUUUCC